AUGCACCAACACGGCCCCCAAUCACAUGCACCAACACAGCCCCCAAUCACAUGCACCGACACGGCGCCAAUCACAUGCACCAACACGGCCCCCAAUCACAUGCACCAACACAGCCCCCAAUCACAUGCACCGACACGGCCCCCAAUCACAUGCACCGACACAGCCCCCAAUCACAUGCACCGACACGGCGCCAAUCACAUGCACCGACACGGCCCCCAAUCACAUGCACCGACACGGCGCCAAUCACAUGCACCGACACAGCCCCCAAUCACAUGCACCGACACGGCCCCCAAUCGCCAAGCACAUGCAGCCCCUAAUCACAUGCACCGACACAGCCCCCAAUCACAUGCACCGACACGGCGCCAAUCACAUGCACCGACACAGCCCCUAAUCACAUGCACCGACACGGCGCCCAAUCACAUGCACCAACACAGCCCCCAAUCACAUGCACCGACACGGCGCCAAUCACAUGCACCGACACAGCCCCUAAUCACAUGCACCGACACGGCGCCCAAUCACAUGCACCAACACAGCCCCCAAUCACAUGCACCGACACAGCCCGCAAUCACAUGCACCGACACGGCCCCCAAUCACAUGCACCGACACGGCGCCAAUCACAUGCACCGACACGGCCCCAAUCACAUGCACCGACACGGCGCCAAUCACAUGCACCGACACAGCCCCAAUCACAUGCACCGAUUUUCUUCUCCUCUCCUGCCCCUCUCCUGCCCCUCUCCUGCCCCUCUCCUGUCCCUCUCCUGCCCCUCUCCUGCCCCUCACUCACUCAGGUUGAGAAUGAGUGUGGGUCCCGUGGGAGGAGCUGUCAGGAGCAGGAAGUGUGGGCCUGAAGCAGCAGCGGUCACUUAG